AUGUCGUUUAGCUACGUGAAGAACGCGGGCAAGUUUUUGUGCAUUGGCCGCAACUACCUGGCCCACAUCAAGGAGCUGAACAAUGCCAAACCGUCCGAGCCGUUUUUUUUCCUCAAGCCAAAGUCGUCUGUGCUUCUUCCUAAACAGGGGCCGGUGCUAGUGCCUCGAGGCACCAUUGUCCACCACGAGGUGGAGCUGGCCUGUGUUGUGGGCAAGACUCUCAGAGACCUUGACCCUGCUAGCUUCACGCCCUCGGACGCCCUAGAUGCCAUCAAGGGUUACGCCCUGGCAAUUGACAUGUCUGCAAGAAACGUCCAGGACGAGAUGAAGAAGAAGGGGCUUCCCUGGACGAUUCCAAAAGGGUUCGAUACAUUUUUGCCCUUAUCUGGCUUCAUAGGCAAAGACCAAAUUGCAGACCCAUACAACGUGGAGCUGAAUCUGACGGUGAAUGGCCAGACUCGUCAAAAAGACAUGACAAAUCUGAUGAUAUUCCCUAUCCACCGCAUUCUGACCACAAUGUCGUCAAUCAUGACCAUCGAGGAGGGCGAUGUGAUCCUCACAGGCACGCCAAAGGGCGUUGGGUCAAUAGUUCCAGGAGACAAAAUCGAGGCCUGGGCCGAGGUUGACGGCAAAAGAUUACCGGAAAGUGUUUUGGAGUUGGACGUGGCCGAGAAGCCUGGCCCGUAUUUCUACCAAGCUAAAUAA